AAUCCCGCGAAGACAUGGAAAACAUCGGUGAGGAAGAUCAACUUGAAGAUCUCAUAACGUAUUCUCAUAAAUGCACUUUGAAGGAUGAGGCACACUGCCUGCAAGAUCGUAUCGAUUCCCCACGGAGCUUCGCAUACCGAGCUCGUCUCUGGUUCCUCAUCGAUCCGGAGCACCCGCAAACGAAGCGUUUCUACCGUUCAAGCUACAUGUACCGGACGGAGCUUACCCGGCACGUGAAGAGUGACUACUGGUACAUAAUUCAUCCUUUCAGCCGAUUCCGGUUCUACUGGGAUGUUUGGCUGGUGUUCUAUAUCUAUGGGAUACUGCUGGUCACCCCGUUUGUAACCACAUUUGCCGGAACCUCGGAGAGCAGAAGAUACAUUUACCUUAUCCGGGGAGUUAUAGACGUGCUCGCCAUCACGGAAGUGGUUAUAAAUUGCAUUACAGGAUUCUCGAAGGACAAGUAUUACAGGGAUAUUCAGCUGGAGCCGUGGGAAAUUUUUAAGAAUUACCUCAAUGGAAACUUUAUUGUGGAUUUCUUGUUUGCGGUUCCAGAUAGUUUGAUAAUAUUCCAGGACCAGUUGCCUUGGAUGGGGAUGAUGAUAGGUGUCAUCAAUUAUGUCCAGCUGCUCAAGCUAGUGUCAGUGCGGCUGAUUUGGGAUUAUUUGACUCAUUUUUUCGAGCGGUUUGAAAUUGACAUGAUCUACUACUACUUUAUUCGAUUGAUUCUGAUAUCGGGAUUAUUCGUACAUUGGUGCAUUUGUUUCUAUAACCUGGCCGCAACCGGAAUCGAAAAUACGGAAUAUGGACUAGAUCCGGUUUGGGAUGAACACAUCGAGUAUCUUACCAACACGGAAAACACAAUGGCCAGCCGUUAUGGACUAUGUUUUGCGACUAUUCUUUAUUAUUUGUUCGUUCAAAGCUUUGGAGAGCUCGGAGUGGCACAAACCGUUCUGGGUAAAGUGCUAUCCGCAGUUUGUAUCAUCGUUGGACUUAGCUUUCACGUUUAUUUGUUUCUUCAAUUUUUCAAAUUGACCGUCAUAAUAAGCUCAACGAAACGGAAGUACGCGGAAGGGCUGAGCCAGUUGAAGGCAUAUAUGAAGAUGAAGCAGUUUCCCGUGGAAAUGAAGAAAAGACUGCUGUACUAUUACGAGAAGAAAUUUGAAAAGUGCUACUUUGCCGAAGACAAAAUCAGGGAAUAUUUAUCAGAUGAUGCUUCUCCCACUCAUCUUUAUGUGCCUAAACUUAAGGUCCAAGCUGAUGUGAACUUACUAGACGAGCAUGACUCAUUUUAUCAUACAACCAAAAGUCUCCUGGUGCUGUUCCAAAUUAUGGGCGUCAUGCCGAUUAUGAGAAGUCCUAAAGGAGUCAACAUGCCCAGAACCACCUUUACCUGGUGCUCGAAGGCUUUCCUGUGGGCUUACUUCAUUUACGCUUGCGAAACCGUCGUAGUUGUGAUAGUAGCCAAAGAGCGCAUCAACAGGUUCAUCACCAACAGUGACAAACGCUUCGACGAGGUGAUCUACAACAUUAUUUUUAUGAGUAUCUUGUUACCGCACUUUCUCUUGCCGGUGGCAUCUUGGCGUAAUGGUUCUGAAGUGGCCAAGUUCAAAAACAUGUGGACCGAUUAUCAGUACAAGUAUCUGGUAGUAACGGGCAAACCGAUUACGUUCCCCAAGCUGUAUCCGAUCACUUGGGCCCUGUGUGUGGUGUCCUGGACGCUUGGCAUAGCGAUUAUCAUGUCCCAGUAUUACUUGCAACCGGAUUUCAAGUUUACCCAUACAUUCGCUUACUAUCACAUUCUAGCGAUGUUGAACGGAUUCUGCAGCUUAUGGUUCGUCAACUGCACGGCAUUCGGAACUGCUAGCAAAGCAUUCGCGAAGCAACUCUCUGACCUGCUGGCAACCGAACGUUCAGCUACGAAACUAACGGAAUACCGCUACCUUUGGAUUGACCUCAGCCAUAUGAUGCAACAGCUGGGAAAAGCGUACUCGAAUAUGUACGGCAUCUAUUGUUUGGUGAUUUUCUUCACCACAAUUAUCGCCACCUAUGGAUCUUUGAGCGAAAUCAUCGAGCACGGGGCGACCUAUAAGGAGGUCGGUUUAUUCGUCAUUGUUUUCUACUGCAUGGGCCUGUUGUUCAUUAUCUGCAACGAGGCGCAUCACGCCUCCAAAAGGGUGGGAUUAAACUUCCAGGAACGUCUGCUCAACGUGAACCUAACGGCGGUGGACAAGGCAACGCAGAAAGAGGUGGAAAUGUUCCUUCUGGCCAUUGAUAAGAAUCCGCCGACGAUGAACUUGGACGGAUAUGCCAAUAUCAAUCGUGGGCUCAUCACUUCGAAUAUAUCGUUCAUGGCUACUUAUUUGAUAGUGUUGAUGCAGUUCAAGUUGACUCUCCUGAGACAGGGUGCUAAGAAGGCGCUGAUUUCCGCCCUCAAAGCAAACGCAACCGCACCUGAGUAAACAGUGAAUAUAAAAGGGGAAUUUUCUCUGUUCAAUAAUCUCGUAGAUUUUACUUCCGCUUCGUAUAGAAUGUAGACAAAGUAUGCUUUCCUGAUGCUCUGGAUUUUUUUAUUUCCUAUCUCCGCCUGUUUUAUAAAUCCCUUAGAACUUAUUGAACUUUUUCUUGGAGCCAGCGAUCUUGCUGACCUUUAACACAUUAAAGCGCACUGUCUUUGACAGUGGCCUGCAUUCGCCGACCGUUACGAUAUCUCCUGCCUCAACGUCCC